GGAUCGCGAGUGCCCGGGGCUCUGCCGACGACCGCGGCUGGGAGCGGGGAGAGGAGCGUCCUGCCCUGCGUACGCGGGCUUGUGUGGAGCCCGGACUAGGGGAGCAUCGGAGAGGGAAUGGGAGGAAGUGGCACGGUGCACACAACCAAGAGAGGUGAUCCUCAUGAGUUGAGAAACAUAUUCCUACAGUAUGCCAGUACUGAGGUCGAUGGAGAACAUUAUAUGACCCCAGAAGACUUUGUCCAGCGCUACCUUGGCCUGUACAAUGAUCCAAAUAGCAAUCCAAAGAUUGUGCAGCUCUUGGCAGGAGUAGCUGAUCAAACCAAGGAUGGGUUGAUCUCCUAUCAAGAGUUUUUGGCAUUUGAAUCUGUUCUGUGUGCUCCAGAUUCUAUGUUCAUAGUGGCUUUCCAGCUGUUUGACAAGAGUGGAAGCGGAGAGGUGACAUUUGAAAAUGUCAAGGAAAUUUUUGGACAGACUGUUAUUCAUCAUCAUAUCCCUUUUAACUGGGAUUGUGAGUUUAUCCGACUGCAUUUUGGGCAUAAUCGGAAGAAGCACCUCAGCUAUACAGAAUUCACGCAGUUUCUACAGGAAGUGCAGUUGGAACAUGCAAGGCAAGCCUUUGCACUGAAAGACAAAAGCAAAAGUGGCACGAUUUCAGGUCUGGAUUUUAGUGACAUCAUGGUCACCAUUCGGUCUCACAUGCUCACUCCCUUUGUGGAAGAGAACUUAGUUUCGGCCGCUGGAGGAAGCAUCGCACACCAAGUUAGCUUUUCUUACUUCAAUGCGUUUAACUCCUUACUGAACAACAUGGAGCUUGUCCGUAAAAUCUAUAGCACUUUAGCUGGCACCAGGAAAGAUAUUGAAGUCACGAAGGAGGAAUUUGCCCAGAGUGCCAUACGCUAUGGACAAGUCACCCCACUAGAAAUUGAUAUUCUUUACCAGCUGGCCGACUUAUACAACGCAUCAGGGCGCUUGACCUUGGCAGAUAUCGAGAGGAUAGCUCCGCUGGCUGAGGGGGCCUUACCUUACAACCUGGCAGAGCUCCAGAGACAGCAGUCUCCUGGGCUGGGCAGGCCUGUCUGGCUCCAGAUUGCCGAGUCUGCUUACAGGUUCACUCUGGGCUCAGUCGCUGGAGCUGUGGGAGCCACUGCAGUGUAUCCUAUAGAUCUGGUGAAAACCCGGAUGCAAAACCAGCGUGGCACGGGCUCUGUGGUCGGGGAGCUGAUGUACAAGAACAGCUUUGACUGUUUUAAGAAAGUCUUGCGCUAUGAGGGCUUCUUUGGACUCUACCGGGGCCUGAUACCACAGCUUAUUGGAGUUGCUCCAGAAAAGGCUAUUAAACUGACCGUUAAUGAUUUUGUCCGGGACAAAUUUACCAGAAGAGACGGCUCUAUUCCACUUCCAGCAGAAAUCCUUGCUGGAGGUUGUGCUGGAGGCUCGCAAGUCAUCUUCACCAACCCACUGGAGAUAGUGAAGAUUCGCCUGCAGGUGGCGGGAGAGAUCACCACAGGACCCCGAGUCAGUGCCCUGAAUGUGCUCCGGGACUUGGGACUGUUUGGCCUGUACAAGGGUGCCAAAGCGUGUUUCCUCAGAGACAUUCCCUUCUCUGCGAUCUAUUUUCCUGUGUACGCUCACUGCAAACUACUCCUGGCUGAUGAAAGUGGACACGUGGGAGGUGUCAAUCUCCUCACAGCAGGAGCCAUGGCAGGUGUUCCUGCUGCCUCGCUGGUGACCCCUGCUGAUGUCAUCAAAACAAGACUGCAAGUGGCUGCUCGCGCUGGCCAAACAACGUACAGCGGUGUCAUUGACUGCUUCAGAAAGAUCCUUCGUGAAGAAGGCCCCUCCGCGUUUUGGAAAGGGACUGCAGCUCGAGUCUUUCGAUCCUCUCCCCAGUUUGGUGUUACUUUGGUCACGUAUGAACUUCUCCAGCGGUGGUUUUACGUGGAUUUUGGAGGCCUCAAACCCUCGGGCUCCGAACCGACACCAAAGUCACGCAUCGCGGACCUUCCUCCUGCCAACCCUGAUCACAUUGGUGGAUACAGACUCGCCACAGCCACUUUUGCUGGCAUCGAAAACAAGUUUGGCCUUUAUCUUCCCAAAUUUAAGUCUCCCAGUGUGGCUGUGGUUCAGCCAAAGGCGGCGGCAGCAGCUCAGUGAUGCGGCAACGGCAGAGAGGCCCUGGGGGAGCCGCCCUCUACCGCUUCCGGUCAGCUGCAUGGUGCUGGCUGAGCUGGGGAGUCAAAGCACUCUUUCUAUUUGACAUAUACAUGUAUUUGUUUAUAAAGUCAUCAUAUGCCCAGGGAGAAACCACAGUGCAGUUUCAAGCUUUAGUCUUACUCGUUGAAAUGUUUUCUAAGCCUUGGCAUGAAUUCAGUGUUCUAGACUCUGCUUUGCGCAGCCUGUCCCGCAGUGACUGUACAUAGUGUACAUCUUUGUACAGAGACGCCUCGGCGCCUCGGCCUCAUCCCGACAGAUCACAUUUAUAGACCUGGAACGCAGUUCUGAGUGGCUUGAAAUGUACAGAAUGUUUUGGAAAGUGUUUUAUUAAGAAUCACAUAAGAAUAAAUGUAUUGAAAUUAAA